GAAAGUGUGGAAAUUUACGGUCCUCCGGGAAAAUGACUUCGCGGGGACUUUUCCAGAUUUUCUCACCGAAAGGUAUCGGAUUUCUGGGUGGCCGGCUGCAAGGACGGCCAACUGGAAUCGGGCAGACCAUCAGCGCGGCGAGUAUUUGCAGCUGUGUCGUCACGAGCCAGCAGUCCUUCGGUAGACGGUUGUUCACACCGCCGGUCACCGACCGUCACCAGCAUUGGCCGACGGUUUCCAGUAGCCACUCAUUGCAAAGCACGCGCUCGUUUUAUACCUCGAACAUUCUGCUCAAAAAGGACUACUACAGCACGCUCGGUGUGACAAAAAACGCGUCGCCGAAAGAAAUCAAAAAGGCGUAUUACCAGCUGGCGAAGAAAUACCACCCCGACACGAACAAGGAAGAUCCGAACGCCGGGAAGAAAUUUCAGGAAGUUUCUGAAGCUUACGAGGUUCUAAGCGAUGAAACAAAGCGUCGCGAAUAUGACACCUUCGGGCAGACAUCGGAACAGAUGGGUCGCAACGGUACUGGGCCGAGUCCUGGCGGGGCAGGACCUCAAGGAUUCUCACAGAACUGGCAGUUCCGUUCGACGAUCGAUCCGGAGGAGCUGUUCCGGAAGAUAUUCGGCGAUGGCGGUUUUCAGACCGGUUUUGACGAUUUCAGUGAUUCCAAGUUUGGUUUCGGCGGGGCACAAGAGGUCAUGAUGAAUCUAACCUUUGCGCAAGCGGCUCGCGGCGUGAACAAGGAUAUCGAUGUAAACGUGGUCGACACGUGCCCAAAGUGUACCGGAUCACGGUGUGAACCGGGCACCAAGCCCGGCAAAUGCCAGUACUGCAAUGGGACGGGUAUGGAAACGAUCUCCACCGGGCCGUUUGUGAUGCGUUCGACGUGUCGCUACUGUCAAGGCACACGGAUGUACAUUAAGUACCCGUGCCUGGAGUGUGGCGGUAAAGGACAAACCGUGCAGAGAAAGCGAGUGACCGUACCGGUUCCGGCAGGCAUCGAGGAUGGCCAAACCGUACGCAUGAACGUUGGAAGCAAAGAAAUUUUCAUCACAUUUAGGGUGGAGAAAAGUCGUUAUUUCCGUCGGGAUGGCGCUGAUGUGCAUACGGAUGCGAAUAUUUCAUUGUCGCAAGCGAUACUCGGUGGAACGAUACGUGUCCAAGGAGUGUACGAGGAUCAGACGAUACAGAUUGUACCGGGUACAUCGUCGCACACGCGAAUAACACUCACUGGAAAGGGUUUAAAGCGUGUGAACAGCUAUGGCAGUGGCAAUCACUACGUGCAUCUGAAAAUUCAAAUUCCAACAAAGCUAACACCGAAACAGAAGGCACUGAUUCAGGCUUACGCUGAGCUGGAAGAUGACACGCCGGGUCAAAUCAUGGGUGUAACAUUCAAAACUGACGGUAAGUCGAGUUCGUCCUCCACCAACUCAAACUCGUCUUCAUCCUCCUCCACCUCGUCAUCGUGGUCCACAUCAAACGUGUCCGACAAAUACACCCAAGGUUCCCGCGACGAAGACAAUAAGUAUAGUCCGCAUGACGAAACCGAAACGCACAGUUACCGCAAGGAACGACUUGACUCGCGGUUUUACUACGCCAUCGGAGCAUUGCUCGUUGCGGGAUGGUUUGUGUACUACAGUCACAACCAGAUGAACGCACGAUACGAACGGGAACGGGAAGAAGCCCUAGAACGGCAACGGCACGCUCGGGGUGGCUUCAAAGAUGUGAAUAGUCCUUUUGACGAGGCCUAACGGAGUGCUCACAGCGAUUGUUAAGGUGGUGAUUGGUGAUAAAGAUAAAAAACAUUUCUCUCGAAGAGACAGUUGAGAGAAAGAAUCAAAAGCGAACAAAAUACCAAUAAAUUGAAUGCUAUCUUAUGCAUACAAUACCAAAAA